AUGCCCUACACCCUCGUCCUCCUUCGCCACGGCCAGUCUACCUGGAACGAACAGAACCUGUUCACAGGUUGGGUCGACGUGCCCGUCUCGGCGCUGGGCCUCGCCCAGGCCCGGCACGCAGGCGAGCUGAUCAAGCGGUCGGCCCGCCUCCCGGACGUGGUGCACACGUCCCUGCUGCGGCGCGCCAUCGCGACCGCCGACGCGGCCCUCGACGCCGCGGACCGCCACUGGGUGCCCGUGCGGCGCACCUGGCGGCUCAACGAGCGGCACUACGGCGCGCUGCAGGGGCUCGACAAGGCGGCGACGGCGGCGCGCGUCGGCGAGGCGCAGGUCCGAGUCUGGCGGCGGUCGUACGCCGCCGUGCCGCCGCCGCUUGGCGAGGCCGAGCGCGCGGCGCAGGACGCGGACCCGCGGUACGCCGGGGUCGAGACGCCCGGCGCCGAGUCGCUCGAGAUCGUCGUGCGGCGCAUGCUGCCCUACUGGACCGAGGGGAUCGUGCCGGACCUGCGGGCGGGCAGGACGGUGCUCGUCGCGGCGCACGGGAACUCGUUGCGGGGGUUGAUUAAGGAGUUGGACGGGCUGAGCGACGAGGAGGUUGUGGGGUUGGAUCUGCCUACGGGCGUGCCCAUUCUGUACGAGCUUGGGGAGGAUAUGAAGCCUCUGCGGAAGGGUGGGAGGAGGCUUGAUGAGACGGAAGGGUGA